AGCUUGUCCAGUGAGGUCUCGGAACGGAGAUAAAUUUCCUCGUUUUCACUGUUCCAAUUUUGUUGCAAGUCUCAGGGCCCGUCGCAGUGCCGUCGCAAUGCGAUCGUGUACGUACACAUUUCUGGGGUUGGGCCCUGUCCGUUAUACACAAGAAGAAUGGCCCGCCAAAUCACUCGUUAUAGUAGGAGGUCGAGGAAAUCAGGGAGGAAUCCACAUAGACCGCCGCCGAAGACGACCUGUCCGGGAUACGCGUCGGUUCAAACGUAUGGAGCUAGGUUGGGAAGGGACUGAUCCGUACCGCAAGGCAGUCGGGUCUUUGGCAAGGGGAGAGAGACAGUCAAUGUUAAGACGUUUUCGCAGUUUCUACUCUACCACAAUUAUUCCGUUCACAACAUCAUCAUACGGAGGUGCAGUGCGAGCUGGCCGGUAUCAUUGAUUGGAAGCUCGCUGGAUUCUAUCCAGCUUCCUAUGUGUUGAGUCUGUAAGAUACAUACCUGAGCGGCGCCAAUCGACAUGUAUCACUCUACUUGCUAUUAAAAGAAUACAUGAAAAAUUUCGUAC